AUGUCUGACGGAAAGGACUAUACGGGUCCUGCUGCCUUAGAGAGUUCGGGAUCCACUUCUCAAGGCGAACCUUCGGUCAUCCCAACCGCGCCUGAUGUUCCCCCGCAAGAGCCAUCUGUCGCCGACAGUGCUCCUCAGCCCCCCUCUGAUCCUCUAGCGAACUCGAAUACGAAUUCCCCUUCAAUACCUGAAGUCGCUGCGACGACGCCAGGACCUGCUACGACGACGACACCCGAAGCUGCGACCAUAGCACCUGAGAACAGAACCACCCUCCUCGAACGCGCUCGCCACUUCCUUGCUUCCCCGCAGAUCCAGCAACAAGAUGACGCAGGGAAGCGAAGGUUUCUAUCUGAGAAGGGAUUGAAGGCGGAAGAGGUGGAUGCGGUUCUGCGGGAAGCGCUUCAGUCUCAGUCCCAGCCUGCUCAGCCGCAACCUCAAAUGUCUCAGCUCCAGCCACAGCCUGCUCAAUCUCAGCCUCAGGCUAUUCAAUCACAACGCCUGCUCCCUCCUCCCCCAACAUAUCCCCAGCCUCCCCCUUCCAACUUGCCAGGCCUUCUGCUUGCCGCUGCGCGUGCGCUCUCAUGGCUUGCUGGUGGAUCUGCCGUCCUGAUCUUCAUCUACUAUCGCUUCCUCCUCCCCCGCAUACUUCGCACGGCCACCGCUCGCAGAGGCCUCCUCACCCACCAGCGGUCUCUCAUGAAAAGAUUCAACACCUCCCUCAAGUCUACUAAAGUCUCCCUUACGGAAGAUUUCAAAGACCUCCCGCGCCCUGACCCUAACACUGAACCUGUCAAGUGGAGGGACUGCCACACCGUGAAAGCCGCCCUGCAGCAGGCGGAGGCAGAGAAGGUGGAAGUGGGGGAUAUCCCCACGGUUACACUGCUGCGGUGCGCGUUGGAGGAGUUGAAAGGGAGGGAGAAGAAAGAGGGUGCGGAAAGGAAGAAGGAGGGUGCGCUGCCGACGACGGAGGAUGUGUUCAGGGUGUUGGAGGGGAGGAUACCGUGGUUGUUGAGUGAAGAGGGGUCGGUGCGGGAGGGCCAGCUAUGGGACACGCUCAGCACAUCGCCUCUGUUUGCCUCGGAGGUCGACAGCGUGCAAGGCCUGCAGCGGUGGCGAUAUGUGGCUCCAGCCGUUCCACCCACACCCCCUCUGCUGUCCACUCUUAGUUCCCUCUCUGAGAGCAUGGCGAAGCUCCCCUCAGAGACGGAGAACCGUCCCUUCCAGCGCACGCUGCAGACGCUCGGAGACUUCACCGGCUACCUUAGCUCGCAAGUGUACGCGCCCUUCCGCCCGAGCGGGCCGCAAUAUGGUUUGGGCUCGUCAGGGCUUGGGCCAGUGGAGGAGGACAUGCGGAAGGAGAUUAGGGCGCUGAAGGGCUUGGUGCUGAAUCGGCGAUCUUUCCUUCCAUCAAUACCUCGAUAG